AUGUCCAGAAAACUCAAGCAAGCCUCAGUAGCUUCGGUGACUACUGGUGGUAAGACAAACCCUCGCCGAUUAUUAAUUUUCGACCGCACAACUGGCACGAAAUACCUCGUCGAUACCGGCGCGGAUAUUUCCGUGACCCCGCCUCACCGUACAAGCCAACUGACGCCAACGCAGCUUCGACUGCAGGCUGCUAACGGCACUGUCAUCGACACGUACGGCGAUAAACCAUUGGAGUUAGACAUCUGGCUCCGCCGACCGAUUCGAUGGAUUUUGUGCAUAGCGAAUGUGCCGUAUCCAAUAAUCGCCGCAGACCUAAUUCACGAGUAUGGAUUGUUAGUGGACCUCAGACGUGGGUGCAUCAUAGACCCAAACUCAGGUUCCCGCAGCACAAGUUCAUACGCAACGGCGCCAAUCACGGCCAUCACAUCUCUCCACGAAACAAAUAAGUUUACGAGCACCCUACGAGAUGUACCUGAGCUGCUUGGAAACCCGUCCAACCGCACGGCCAGCAAACACUCAGUGAAGCAUUAUAUUCCAACCACUGGACCACCAUGUGUACAACGUGUACGCCAGUUACGUGCCGAGUGCCUCAAAGUGGCUGAAGAGGAAUUUCGCCUUAUGGUAGAACUGGGACAUGCCAGGCCUUCCAACAGUCCUUAG